CAGAUUGUAUUGAUAGUCUUAUAGCAACCAGCAGCGUGAAUAGUCGUAACUUCUUGCAAUCUAAAAUUUAGUUGGCUGAAAAAAAAUCUUAGAAAUGGAGUCCGCUAAACCGAAAGGAAACUAUCGUGGCAAGAAGAAGCCCCAAAGCGGGGAUCAGGAUGUCCCCGAGGGCACAUCCGGCCAAACUGCUGGACCGCCCCAAGGUCAACAGCAGAAGCAGCAAAAGUCCGGCCAAGGUGGGGUCGGCAAGUACAAGCAAAAACAGCUUCUGAAGCAACAACAGCAGCAAGAUCUUCAACAGCAAACUGGCGAGGGCACACAAAUAUUGUUACCUACAACCAGCAACGCCCCGACCCCACCGUCCCAGCCCAUCGAAAAGUCUCUGGCCAAAGUGAAGCUCGACUUUGUUCGUCCGAAGAACUACGGCGUGGCCGGCACCCCUGUCAAGCUCGAGGUCAACUAUCUCGCGCUGAACUUGGACAAGCUACCCGCGAAGGCUUAUCACUACGACGUGGAUAUUCAGCCGGCAGCGUCCCGAAAAUGGCAACGGGCUUGCUUCAGCGGGUUCCGGGCCGAGGCCCUGCCGAACCGGUUGAUUGCGUACGAUGGCCACAAAAAUGCGUACACGAUGCAGCCGAUGGACCAGAUGGACAAGGUUGGGGUUGCGGUGUCGCUGGAUAACCGCGAACGUCGGUUCACGGUGAGCGUGAAGCUUGCGAAUGUGGUCGAUCUGCGGAGUCUCAAGGGUGGCAACGAGCACAAUCAAGCGCCAGCGAAGCAAUGCUUGGAAGUGGUCUUUGGUACAGCUUCCGACCGUGAUCCGAGAUUGAUUAGGUUCAAGAGAUCCUGCUACUUUGCGCCACCUAAGCGCAUUGAUGUCGGUCGAAACCACGAACUGUGGUACGGACUGCACCAAUCCUUAAUCCUAGGCUCCAAACUGUUUCUGAACAUUGACGUUGCCCAUAAGGCCUUCCCCUCUGGGGUUCCUGUACUAGAUGUUGUCGGAGACUUGGCGCGGCGUAGAUGGAAUGAUUCUCCGAAUGUUCCGGAACGGAUUGAUGAUACGUUGGCCUUUAAAUUGCACAAUUUCCUUAAGGGAUUGGAGGUCUCGUACACCGGGCCAAGCUCGGUCAAAAAGGUCUUCAAGUACAACAGUCUUAGGGGACCGGCCAGUUCGCAGCUGUUCAAGCGAGAAGACGGCACAAAAAUGACUGUCGCGGCUUAUUUUACCCAGCAGGGUUACCGACUGCGACACCCCGAACUACCGGUCAUGCACGUGGGUAGCACCGUGCGGAACAUUAUGCUGCCGAUGGAGCUAUGCCAGAUUUUGCCGGGUCAAGCUCUGAACAAAAAACAUCCUGACGAGUGCACGGCGCAGAUCAUCAAACGUGCUGCAACGGACGCCCCGACCAGGAAGCGAAAAAUCAUGGAACUCAGAGAUCAAAUCAGUUACAGCAACUGCCCAAUCAUCAAAGAGUUUGGUAUUGGCGUUGGGAAAGAUUUCGAAGUCAUCGACGGAAGAAUCAUUGCACCACCGUUGAUCGAAUACAAGAAUCGUAGAACGGUUCUGCCCGAGCAUGGUCAAUGGAGUGCAGACAACGAAGGUUUUAUUACCUCCAACCAACGAGAACUACGCUGGAUCAUCUUGAACCUGGACAGUUAUGACACUUGUCAGAGUGAUGUGGAUACAUUUGGAAAUAACGUGUUCAACGAGUCUCGCAAGAAGGGCAUGCAGCUGGAGCCUUUCUCCAUGCAAAACAACUAUUACGAACCACGCAAUACGCGUAUGAACAUGAAGCAGCUGGAAACCGAAUUGGAAAAUAGUUUGCGUUAUUUUAAAGAGCGACAAUUGGAUUUCGUCAUCGUGGUGAUUCCCGGCAUUGGUGACCAUUACUCCAGGCUCAAGCAAAAGGCAGAAUUAGUCGUAGGUGUACUAACAUCAUGCGUCAAAGGGAAUACAGUGAAAAACACGCGUUCUCCCUUGACCGUGGUUAACAAUAUACUGCUGAAGAUCAACGGUAAAACCAACGGAACGAACCACGUGGUACAAUCACCAGACCCAAAAAUCCCACUUAUCAAGAAGCGCAUCAUGUUCGUCGGAGCGGACGUGACCCACCCAUCCCCAGAACAAUCCACAAUUCCCAGCGUAGUUGGUGUUGUCGCCUCGUUCGACCGGAACGGAUUCCGCUACAAACCUCACUUCCAACUGCAGGACCCCAAAAAAGAAAUGAUCCACGGCCUCGAAGCCAUCAUGCAGGCGAUGUUGAACAACUACAAGAACAAAAACAACCAACAACUGCCCGAAAUGAUCCUCUACUACCGGGACGGUGUCUCUGACGGACAAUUUUCGCAGGUUCUCGACAUUGAGCUCAACGCGAUCAACAGGGCGGUCGCCGCAAUGAACCCACCAAGCAAAAUCAACGUAACAUUUGUCGUUGUUCAAAAGCGCCACCACACGCGCUUCUUCCCCGGACCCAAAUGUCCGAAAGAGGGCCGGAACCAGAAUGUCCCGCCGGGCACCAUCGUGGACAGGUACAUUACCACGCCUAAACAUUUCCAGUUUUUCCUGACCUCGCACCGGGCGGUCGAGGGUGUGGCGAAGCCCAGCAAGUACACCGUUCUGCACGACGAUGAACAGUGGGAUCCAGAUCGGCUUCAAGCGAUUACCUACGCGCUGUGCCACACGUACGCUCGGUGCAAUCGAUCCGUGUCGUACCCGGCGCCGACCUACUACGCACACUGGGUGGCAGCCCGAGGAAAGGUCUACAUUCAGGGUCGCACCCUCAAUAUGGCAGAACUUGACCGGGAGAAUAGUUUGCUGCGUAUAAGACCGGAAAUCAUCGAAGAGCGGUCAAUGUUCUUUAUUUAGAUAUUUUAUUCACAAAAUAACACAGACUUCUUGAAUGUAACUACAAUGAUAAAUGUUUUAUAAAAUCACUAUAUAAUAUUCUUACAGUUAAGGCAUA